CAAAAGCCACACGUCAGCUUCCCCUUGUUCCACUCUCCAAUGUGAAAAUGUUACUUUCUACUCACAGUUACACUCUCCCUCUCAAUGGAAAGUACAAGCUGCUCUUGCCGAUGAUGUUUUGGCGCUCCUUCCUUCUCCUGCUCUCCAUCAUAGCGAUCAACGACGUCGUGGCGGUAGUAGUUACCAACGCCAAGAGGAUUCCCUCCACUCUCGACGGGCCUUUCGACCCCGUAACUGUCCCGUACGACGUCAGCUUGCGCGGGAACGCCGUCGAUUUGCCCGACACCGAUCCACGUGUCCGCCGCCGCGUCAAAGGAUUCGAGCCCGAGCAGAUUUCGGUCUCUCUUUCCGUUAGUUACGACUCUGUUUGGAUCUCAUGGGUCACAGGGGAAUUCCAAAUUGGUAACACCAUAAAGCCUUUAAACCCUAAUACUGUUGCUAGUUUGGUUCGUUAUGGGAGGUCAAGGUUUCCACUGACUCAUGAAGCCAUCGGCUAUUCUUUGGUGUAUAAUCAACUUUACCCAUUUGAGGGCCUUCAGAAUUAUACUUCUGGGAUCAUCCACCAUGUUCGUCUCACAGGGCUGAAACCUAGCACACUAUAUUAUUACCGAUGUGGAGAUCCUUCAAUAUCAGCCUUGAGCGAUAUCUAUCAUUUCAGGACCCUGCCAGUUUCUGGUCCCCGAAGCUACCCAAAGAGAAUAGCAGUUGUGGGAGAUCUUGGACUAACAUAUAAUACAACUGACACAAUUAGUCAUUUGACAAGGAACAAUCCUGAUCUAGUUAUAUUGGUCGGUGAUGUAACUUAUGCAAACCUGUACCUCACAAAUGGUACUGGCUCAGACUGCUAUGAUUGCUCAUUUCCAGAUACUCCAAUACAUGAGACCUAUCAACCUCGUUGGGAUUACUGGGGGAGGUUUAUGCAGAGUUUAAUUUCUAAAACUCCAAUAAUGGUUGUAGAAGGAAACCAUGAAAUAGAGGAGCAAGCUGGGAACCAGAGAUUUGUAGCUUACAGUUCUCGGUUUGCAUUCCCUUCCAAAGAAAGCGAAUCGUCAUCCACAUUCUACUACUCCUUCAAUGCAGGUGGAAUACAUUUUAUCAUGCUUGGAGCCUAUAUUUCUUAUAAUAAAUCAGCGGAGCAAUACAAGUGGCUGGAGAGGGACUUAGCUAAGGUUGAUAGAUCCAUGACUCCAUGGCUGGUGGCUGCUUGGCACCCACCAUGGUACAGUUCGUAUAAAGCCCAUUAUAAAGAGGCAGAAUGUAUGAGGGUGGAAAUGGAAGAACUACUAUACACUUAUGGUGUUGACAUAGUCCUUAAUGGACAUGUUCAUGCAUACGAGAGGUCCAAUCGAGUUUACAAUUUUACAUUAGAUCCAUGUGGACCAGUACAUAUCACAGUAGGAGAUGGGGGAAACCGUGAAAAGAUGGCAAUCGAACAUGCUGAUGAAACUGGUAACUGUCCGGAGGCAUCAUCUACUUAUGACGUGUAUAUGGGUGGCUUUUGUGCAAAAAACUUCACAAGUGGUCCAGCGGCAGGCAAGUUCUGUUGGGAUUGGCAACCUGAUUACAGUGCCUUCAGAGAAAGUAGCUUUGGCCAUGGGAUCCUGGAGGUGAAGAAUGAGACUUGGGCUCUAUGGACAUGGUAUCGGAACCAGGAAUCAAAUAGUAAGGUUGGCGAUCAAAUUUACAUAGUGAGGCAACCUGAUAUUUGUCCUGUGCAUCACACACUGCCACAAAGGUGGUUUGCAGACAGUUAGGUGAGGUUAGUACCUUACAAAGGAAAUUCAUUGUGCUCUUGGUGGCUUCAGUGCAGAUCCAGGUACUUUUGGGCAGAUAGAAAAUGGGAAAAAAGCAACUGACAGCUCUCUUGCUCUUGUUCUUUCUCUCCAUCAGUUCUUUCAAUGAAAGCUAUAGUUACACACGAUACAGCUCGUGGAAUGUGUACAAAGAGAAACAAGAGUCAUAAUAUUACUUGUACUUUUCUCCUACAUCACUAACUUUUCUGGACGCUUAGCCCAGAAAUGGUUGACUAUUGUGCAUUAUGAGGUACCUUUGUAUCA